UCUGGGUCCAACCCAACAUGGCUGCGCCCUGGCUGCAGUGCUGAACAAGUGCCUCUUCGGAGAAAUUCUUGGGACUUUGUGCGUUUUCCGCCAAAACCAAAGUAGGAGGCUGUCCCGCGGUGCCGCGGACCUACAGCAGAGGAGUAUCGGUGCUCAGGGCUCGAUCGUGCGGCCGGUGCUGCGUGUGGCUGUGGCAGAGUGUCCGUGUGAAGAUGGGCCUCGCUCCCAGCCGCUUUCCAUAGCGAAGAGCCGCGGGGAGAGGAGCCGCGGAUUCCCCUGCAAACACGCGCCCGUCCUGCUGGGCUUUGACGGCUUUGACCUCCUGUACCGGCUCUGGACGCUACCAUACAAGUUUCUGACGCGGAUAGUUUGUGCCACUGUGUCUGUGAUCAGCCGCAGACGGAGAGGCUCUGCACGGGCUGACACUCACCAAGGACCAAGGUUUGCACGCUUCUGCCAUCUGCACGCUCCGCUGCUGGACUAGCGCCAUUCCGCACAUCUGCUCUGUCUCACUGCUUGUGCCAUUUCGCAACUUUAGCUGGAAACUAAGCUCUAAAUAGCUUGAGCUACACAUGCAGUCUGACAGUGACAGCGCUAGCACGGAGCUGUCAAAUUAGCCGCGCUUUGCUAACAGCGAGCUACCCGGCUUAUUUGAGACCUGAGAAGCACAGAUCCUGGACUGAGGCUGUUAACAUGAAUUCAUACAGGGCACUGAUGAAGAUGGACUCAGAGCUGCACUCACCGGCGCUGGCUCUGGCUGAGGAAGAGGAGGCUGACAUGAACGACUGGAAGUUGCCGCUGGCGUUCAUGAAGAAGAGGCACUCAGAGAAGAUUGAGGGCUCCAAGGCUCUGGCCCAAAGCUGGAGAAUGAAGGACCGGAUGAAGACAGUGAGUGUAGCGCUGGUGCUGUGCCUAAAUGUUGGGGUGGACCCUCCUGAUGUGGUCAAGACCUCCCCCUGCGCUCGCCUGGAGUGCUGGAUCGAUCCCCUGUCGAUGAGUCCUCAGAAAGCACUAGAGACCAUUGGGGCAAAUCUCCAGAAGCAAUAUGAAAACUGGCAGCCGCGGGCGCGGUACAAGCAGAGUCUGGACCCCACGGUGGAUGAGGUGAAGAAGCUGUGCACAUCUUUGAGGAGAAAUGCCAAAGAGGAGAGAGUGCUGUUCCACUACAAUGGCCACGGAGUUCCCCGGCCCACAGUCAACGGAGAGAUCUGGGUUUUUAACAAGAACUACACCCAGUACAUCCCCCUGUCCAUCUACGACCUGCAGACAUGGAUGGGGAGCCCCUCCAUCUUUGUUUACGACUGCUCCAACGCUGGCAUCAUCGUCAAGUCCUUCAAACAGUUUGCCCUCCAGAGAGAACAGGAGCUGGAGGUUGCAGCCAUAAACCCCAGUCACCCUUUGGCCCAGAUGCCCCUCCCUCCCUCCAUGAAGAACUGUAUCCAGCUGGCAGCGUGUGAAGCCAGUGAGCUGCUACCUAUGAACCCUGACCUCCCUGCUGACCUCUUCACCUCCUGCCUCACCACGCCCAUCAAUAUCGCCCUCCGCUGGUUUUGUAUGCAGAAGAGUGCCAAGCUGGUGCCAGGGGUGACGUUAGACCUUAUUGAGAAAAUCCCAGGACGACUCAAUGACAGGCGCACCCCACUCGGAGAACUCAACUGGAUCUUUACGGCCAUCACGGACACCAUUGCUUGGAACGUCCUGCCCAGAGAUUUGUUCCAGAAACUCUUCCGACAGGACCUGCUCGUUGCCAGUCUGUUCAGAAACUUCCUCUUAGCCGAGAGAAUAAUGCGGUCGUACAACUGCACUCCAGUGAGCAGUCCCAGGCUACCUCCCACAUACAUGCACGCCAUGUGGCAAGCCUGGGACUUGGCUGUGGACAUCUGCCUCUCUCAGCUGCCCACCAUCAUCGAAGAGGGGACCGCCUUCAGACACAGUCCAUUCUUCGCAGAGCAGCUCACAGCAUUUCAGGUUUGGCUGACGAUGGGAGUGGAAAAUAGGAACCCUCCAGAACAGCUGCCCAUUGUUCUACAGGUGCUGUUGAGCCAGGUGCACAGGCUGCGGGCUCUGGAUCUUCUCGGGAGGUUCCUGGACUUGGGGCCAUGGGCUGUCAGUCUGGCUUUGUCCGUGGGGAUUUUCCCUUACGUGCUCAAACUGCUUCAGAGCUCAGCGAGGGAGCUCCGGCCGCUGUUGGUUUUCAUUUGGGCCAAAAUCCUGGCGGUGGACAGUUCGUGUCAAGCUGAUCUGGUCAAAGAUAAUGGACACAAGUACUUCCUGUCUGUUCUGGCGGAUAAUUAUAUGCCGGUGAGCAAUUUAUCUUCACAACUUCACUACUACUGGCUGACGAUUACUGAAGCAGAGCACCGGACCAUGGCAGUCUUCAUCCUCGCUGUAAUUGUCAACAGCUACACCACAGGGCAGGAGGCCUGUCUACAGGGUAAUCUCAUCGCCAACUGCCUAGAGCAGCUGUCUGACCCUCACCCCCUGCUGCGUCAGUGGGUGGCCAUUUGUCUGGGGCGGAUCUGGCAGAACUUUGACCCGGCGAGAUGGUGCGGUGUCCGGGACAGUGCCCACGAAAAGCUCUACACACUGCUGUCAGACCCCAUCCCAGAGGUGAGAUGUGCGGCAGUCUUUGCCUUGGGGACGUUUGUGGGAAACUCUGCUGAGAGGACUGACCACUCCACCACCAUCGACCAUAACGUGGCCAUGAUGUUAGCCCAGCUCAUCAACGACGGCAGCCCCGUGGUCCGCAAGGAGCUGGUGGUGGCGCUGAGUCAUCUGGUCGUCCAGUAUGAAAGUAACUUCUGCACAGUGGCUCUGCAGUUCAUAGAAGAAGAGAAGAACUACACUGUACCAUCACCAGCCAACACUGCAGAGCCUGGGAACCUGACUCCAGUGAGCCCGGCCAUCCCACGUCUGCGAUCAGUCAACUCCUACACCAACAUCCGAGCGGCAACAACAGCACGCAACCUGAACAAGAGCCUGCAGAACCUCAAUCUGAACGAGGAGGGUGGACAAGGUGCUUUCUCACCCGGAAACAUCAGCACGAGCAGCAGCGCCAGUAGCACCCUUGGGAGUCCUGACAAUGACGAGUACAUACUGUCAUUCGAGACCAUAGACAAGAUGAGACGGGUGUCAUCCUAUUCAUCACUCAACUCCCUAAUAGGUGUGUCCUUCAACAGCGUCUACACACAGAUAUGGAGAGUUUUGCUACAUUUGGCAGCAGACCCUUUCCCUGAAGUGUCCGACCUGGCCAUGAGGGUUCUAAACAGCAUUGCAUACAAGGCCACAAUGAACGCCCGGCCACAGCGAAUCCUCGACUCCUCGAUCUCACUCUCCGCCCCGGCGAGUCCCACCAGCAAAGGCACCCACAUCCAUCCUGCCGGUGGCUCUCCACCCACGCCCAGCGGCAGCAGCUCGAGUCUGACCAAUGAAGUCCCAAAGCCUCCGCCCCGAGAGCAGCCGGCCUCCAGACCCCCCUACACCCCGACUCUGGGGGGACAGGCCCAGCCGCACUCACAUCAGUUCCCCCGCACUCGCAAAAUGUUCGACAAGGGGCCCGAGCAGGGCACAGAAGAUGGGGAUGAUCCUGGUGGACACAGGAACUACAUUUGCCCCGCACUUCAAACCGGCCUGUGUGAUUGGAGCGCCAAGUAUUUUGCUCAGCCUGUCAUGAAGAUCCCAGAGGAGCACGAUCUGGAGAGUCAGGUGAGGAUGGAACGACAGUGGAGGUUCCUGAGAAACACCAGAGUGAGAAGACAGAGCCGCAACAUCACUCAGAGAGGUAUUGCUCGUCUGGAUGAUCAAAUAUUCAUCAACCGAAACCCCGGCGUCCCGUCUGUGGUCAAGUUCCACCCCUUCAACACCUGCAUCGCCGUGGCCGACAAGGACAGCAUCUGUUUUUGGGACUGGGAGAAGGGCGAGAGGUUGGACUAUUUCUACAAUGGAAAUCCUCGGUACACACGGAUCACGGCCAUGGAGUAUCUCAAUGGACACGACUGUUCACUGUUGUUAACGGCAACAGAUGACGGUGCAUUGCGGAUCUGGAAAAACUUCGCUGACCAGAAGAACCCAGAGAUGGUGACCGCGUGGCAGGGGCUGUCGGACAUGCUGCCCACCACCAGAGGUCAGCCUUCUGCCGGCGCCCACAGUCUGGCCAGAAGGGUGUCCAUCUAUCUGGACAGGAGUAAACAAGGAGGUGCGGGGAUGGUGGUGGACUGGGAGCAGGACACUGGUCUCCUCAUGACGUCCGGAGAUGUACGAGUCAUCAGAAUUUGGGACACGGAUCGGGAGAUGAAAGUCCAGGACAUACCCACUGGAGCGGACAGCUGUGUGACCAGUCUGUCAUGUGACUCCCAGCGCUCCCUUGUUGUCGCCGGCCUUGGUGAUGGUUCUGUCCGAGUGUUUGAUCGCAGAAUGGGCCCAAAUGAAUGUCGUGUGAUGACGUAUAGAGAACAUGGCGCCUGGGUGGUCAAAGCUCACCUGCAGAAAGAGACAGAUGGCCAUAUAAUCAGUGUCAGUGUUAAUGGUGAUGUGCGUUUCUUUGAGCCACGGAGCCCGGACUCAGUCAAUGUGCUUCAGACUGUAAAAGGACUGACAGCUUUGGACAUCCACCCACAAGCAAACCUGUUCGCAUGUGGCUCAAUGAACCAGUUUAUUGCAGUGUACAACUCGAAUGGAGACGUGAUCAGCAACAUUAAAUACUACGACGGCUUCAUGGGACAGAGGAUUGGUGCUAUCAGCUGUUUAGCCUUCCAUCCGUACUGGCCUCACUUGGCGGUGGGCAGUAAUGACUACUACAUGUCCAUCUACUCAGCAGAGAAGAGACUGGAGAGGAGAUAACACACACCAGCAUUCACCCCCAACCAGGGCUGUGCAAUGAAUUUUAAUUGAGAAUUGAAUCAAUUAUCAGCUUUGGGAUUUCAAUCGUGAGGUCUACAGCCAGUCAGUAAAAGCAUGUGGUUUGGAGUUCAGACUUUGGACAAAGAAAUCGGACUAUAUUUUUGUUUUGUUUUAAAUGGCAAGGUUUGUCUAGUUUAUGUUGAAAUUAAGGUUGAAAGCCAUUUUUAUUUGUUUUUAAUAAGACAAAAAUCAAAUCAGAAAUUGUCAUCGAUGAAGAAAAAAACAUCUUGUAAUUUUUUUUGUCCAAUCGCCCAAUCCUACCCUGCAACCACCCCAGUGUCCCAUGAUCUCAUUUUCCCAAAUUAUGACUGGAGACCUGACUCUGAGCUCCGGGAUGUAAAUUAUAUUUUUGUACAUAUGCAAUUACUCCCAACCUGAAUGUUCAAGUGAUGGCUGCUGCAAAACAUGAAACUUGUGCUACAAAAGACUCUCUAUACAUACUAUAUAUAAAAUUACCUUUUCAUUGUUUAUUCAUAUUCUUAUUAUGGAGCUAAUGAUUGUAGACUUGGCCAUGCUGCAGGCUGUGUAUAUAUAAAUAAGUCUAUACAGAAGAGGACAGAAGACAAAGGAUUUAUUUUAAAAAGAAAGAGAGAAAGACUGUUGCAUCGCAGCUAGUGUCACUACCUUGGACUUGAAAACACCCUCCAUGCAACCUGUAAGGGGCACAUUUUUGCUGGACCUCAAAAUGUGCAUUCGACAGCUAAAAAGGACAGAUAUAGCCUUCGCUGCACCUUCAGAUAGACAAAAACAGACUGGGUUCUGUCUUGAGUGGUGCAUGUCACCCUUGAAUGAGUAUGCGUGUAUGUUUCAGCACAUAUUAGCACAGUUCACUUCCUUGUUCAUUGUCUCCAGCGUGCCAAAUUUUCUUUUUCCUUGCUAACACCAGGGCCAAUGGCUUUUUGUUGUUUUUGGUUAUUUUGAGACAUACUACCUGUUAUAAGGGAAACUGUAUCCCGAGGUGGUUAAGGUAGCUGGCUAAGAAAGAAAAGUGUUACGCUUACAAGAAUGGUACUUCUGCAAAGCAAUAAUCAUGUAUUCUAGGACCUAGCUUCAUGCCCCUUCAUGUCAGAUAACACAGCACUUGAAUGCAAAUUUAAUCUCAAAAUGUGUUUGAUUCAAGCAGCCAUAAAGCAAUAUAAAAACUACUUUAUGUUUUGAGUGGCACAUACAAUAGUUAUUUUCGUUUUAAUAAAUAAUAAUGCCGUUAUUGAUCUUUCCACUGUAAACAAAUGAAUUAGUUAUGUAUUUUAUUUUGGUUUUAUUGUUUGGUUUUGAAUUUAUUUGAAAAGGAACUAGCAGGAAGAUGGUUACAGGUAACAUCUGAUCAGGGUCAUGUCACAUUGGAUUUAAAGGUAUACUGUGUAACUUUUCUGGUGGACGGGUCCAUCAUCUACUUGUCUUUAUGGUUUAUUGCAUUGCCUGAAAUGUUCCACAAUAUGGCAUUAAAACAUCUAUUUAACAUAGCUACGAAAGUGUAUUAACUUUCCAAAAAUACCUUGAACCUCCAUUCAUACGGUGAGCAGCUAUGUUCACCACAGAUCUGACAGAUUUUUUAUUUUUAUUUUUUUCCAAUAUGCUUACUACUUUACACAUUUUAUAUACAUACAAAGGACAUUAAAUAUAUAGUAAAAUAUAUGUAGCAAAGAAAAAAGUUAUGUAACUACAAAUGUCACAUUCUAUAUUCAAAUCCUCAAAGUAUCCACCUUUUGCUCCGUCGAAAAAUAUUAUGUAGUGUUAUUUAAGAUUUUUCUUUACUACAUAAUUCCAUUUAUCUUGUUUCAUAUAUUUGAUGUCUUCCGUACAUACAUAAAAUGUAGAGAACAGUAAACAUAUGCAAAAAACAAAAAAACAUUGAAUGUGAAUGAGAUGAUGUGCCCAAAUUUUGACUGGUAGUGUAUACCUUGGCCUGGUGACAUCAUCUGCUUGUCUCCAUGGAGAUAGAGAAAUUUAAUGUCAUAUUGUGGAAUAUAACCCAUGCAAAGUUAAGACAUCUCCAUGAAUGCAAGCAGAUGGUGGACCAUUCUCCAAAAAAGUUACACAGAGUAUCUUCAAAAGGAAUAAACAUGUAUGUCAAUUGAAACAGUUGAUUAUAAUACCCAGUCUGAUGUCCCCUUGUACAACCCUGCAAUUCCCUGUGUCACUGUGGUGCUGCUUGUCGCUAUAAUUUCCUUGUGAUAUCAAAAUGACGUGCCUCUCCUUCAGCUUUGCUUCUGUAACUUUUUUAUUCUUAAUCGUUCUGUUACGUAAUUUUGUGUUUUUAACUCUGCUUUUUCCGUUGGUAGGCCUUGACUUGAGUAAGAUGGGGGCAGCAGGACAGACAGACUAGUAUAAUUAUUUAUGCUACUGCAAUGGGCUUGUCUCUUGAUUUCCCCCAAAGUUUAAACAAGAAUUCACAAUUUGACCAAGGUUAGUCCAAACUGACACUGACCUUUCACCAAAAUCAGAAAUGUCUCCAAAACAAUACUAUACUACUUUGUGUUGAGUUUUUGGAGAAAAAGAAGGAAAAGACUUAAAGUAGUGAGAGAGGAAACAUAAAAACAAUCAGGGUUGUCUGGCUGUUGGCUGCUUUGCUGAUUGUGGUUCUGAGACGGAGAUGAAAUAAACCAAAUACCACACUG